GCGGCCAUUUCCUGUUUCUCUGCAGUUUUCCCCAGCUUUGGGUGGUGGCCGCUGCUGGGCUUCGGCUUCCCGUUGGAGGAGGGCGAGGCGGCGUGGACAGCGGCCCCGGCACCCCACGCCCCGCCGCCUGCAGCCGCGCGCCCGCCCGCCCGCCGCGCCUCGAGCCCGCCGCUUCCCUCCUCAGCCCCCGGCCGCCGCUGCCGCGGCCCCCCGAGCGGCCCAGAUGCAGGCCAUCAAGUGUGUGGUGGUGGGAGACGGAGCUGUAGGUAAAACUUGCCUGCUGAUCAGUUAUACUACCAAUGCAUUUCCCGGAGAAUAUAUCCCCACUGUCUUUGACAACUAUUCUGCCAAUGUUAUGGUAGAUGGAAAACCGGUGAAUCUGGGCUUAUGGGAUACUGCUGGACAAGAAGAUUAUGACAGAUUACGUCCCCUCUCCUAUCCGCAGACAGUUGGAGAAACGUACGGUAAGGAUAUAACCUCCAGGGGCAAAGACAAGCCGAUUGCCGACGUCUUCUUAAUUUGCUUCUCUCUUGUGAGUCCUGCGUCAUUUGAGAAUGUUCGUGCAAAGUGGUACCCUGAAGUUCGACACCAUUGUCCCAACACUCCCAUCAUCCUGGUGGGGACCAAGCUUGAUCUUAGGGAUGAUAAAGACACGAUUGAGAAACUGAAGGAGAAGAAGCUGACACCCAUCACCUACCCGCAGGGUUUAGCCAUGGCCAAGGAGAUCGGUGCUGUAAAAUACCUGGAGUGCUCAGCUCUCACACAGCGAGGCCUCAAGACAGUGUUCGAUGAAGCUAUCCGAGCCGUUCUCUGCCCGCCGCCCGUCAAGAAGAGGAAGAGAAAAUGCCUGCUGUUGUAAAUGUCUGGGCCUCGCCCCGUGCCCUGGCCCUGCGAACCUUUGUAUGCUUUGCUCAAAAAACGAUGGAGCCUUCGCACUCAAUGCCAAGUUUUUGUUACAAAUUAGCUUUUCCAUAAAACCAUUUUGAACCAAUCAGUAAUUUUUAGGUUUUAUUUAAAUAAGUGUAAGGAUUCAAACUUUCACAUUCUAUUAAAAUUUAGCCCUAAAAUGACAAGCUUUCUUAAAGCCUUAUUUUUCAAAAGCCCCUAUUUUUGCUCAGAUAAAGAGUUGCCAAAAUUCCUUGUGAACUAAGUUGCAUUGUUGUGCUAAGAACACUAAGCACUAAACUGUUCAAAGGCCUUUGUCUUGGAGAAGACUAGCUUCUGAAGUUAGGGAAGGCAGGCACUUGCUAAUGAGUCUCACACGCAGCAGCCUCCUUUACGAAAUGUUGCCAUUCAUAAUUUAUCAACCCACGCUCCUUACCUAACAUUGUACUGUAUAUCAACUCAACUCUUCGGAUUGAUCUUUAUUUCGUAGUGAGAUUUUUAAAAAUUAGUAUAUUAGCUUUUGCUGGAUCGUGAGCAGACCCUUCCUCACGUGUUCCUCUGAUGAAGUAUUCUGCUCUCACGGGCACACUGGGGUGGAGUGUAGGGAACACUUGAUGUGAUCAAAGGAUGAAGACAGUAUUUGACAAAAUAUGAAGUGGAGAUUAAUUUACACUACAUUGUACGCGUAACAAACUGAAUAAGUGUCUUGGGUAAGAUUUGAAAAAGGUUAGUUUCUGUCAAAUGCAGUUGAUGGUGAAAGUUGGUAUUAAUCAGUAAGUGUUUUCUUAAGAUUUUACUUUUUCUUUAAACUUGUAAUCCCUCCCACAAUUGGGCAUUUAAUUCAUCUUGGAACUGGUCAUUCCCAUAGUUGCUAACUUAGUGCUUUUCUUAUAGACCCCUUCUCAAUGAGCAAUAUGCCUCCUUGUAUAAAAUCUUUCUUGAUAAUGCAUUAGUUUUUCUGUAGGUUAGUCAAAGUGCAUUCCUGUUUUCACGUUCUUUUAUUCAAAGCUAGUAAGUGCUUUCCUUAGUUUUCUAGAAACUAGAUGUAAAAAUCACGUGUUGCAUCUCUACAGUUUUUUAAGUAUUUUAGAUAUUCUUAAACUACGAGCCUUCUUACCACCACUGUCUUGCCAGACCCCAGCACUGUACCUUGGCCGCGGCUGGCCCCUCCGCCUCCCUGUGUGGACACGCUUCCUGUUGCUCUGCCUAACCAUGUUCCUUUGGGUGGGAGGUUGUGACCUUGUGCUUGUGCUAACGACGUUCUGUAUAGCUUACCCACUGGCAAGAACACAAAUUGGACCUUUCAACCACUAGAACAACAUUUUUUAAAUUGACAUUUGCAGACUUGUGGAGUGUUUUUACAUUGAUCUUUGCUAAUGCGGUUAGCAGUAUGUUUGCAUGUAUGACUUAAUAAAUCCUUGAAUCCUA